CGCACUGAUAUUUCCUUCGUGAGAACCAUCAACUUCCUAUUCAAUGCAACGUGUAGACCGGUUCAGACGAAUAACUCAGGUCUUCUUGCAAAAAAAUAUAUUCCAACAGUUGCAACAAAAGCAGCCUGUGAUAUUUCCGACAGCAGCCACAUUUCGUAAACUAGCUUCAAACGAGAGACUGUUCAGCAGUUCUUCACAGGUCAAAAUGUCAUACGGAAUAGUUGAAAGAGGAUGCCCAAAUUCUUUGGAAUAUAGAGUAUUUUUCAGUGGCCCCAAUGGAAACACUGUGUCCCCCUUCCAUGACAUCCCCCUGUUUGCCAACACAGAGAAGACGGUGAUGAAUAUGGUGGUAGAAAUUCCACGCUGGACAAACAGCAAGAUGGAGAUUUGCAAAGAGGAGAAAAUGAACCCCAUCAAGCAGGAUGUUAAGAAAGGUGCCUUAAGAUAUGUGAAAAAUGUCUUUCCUCAUCACGGAUACAUCUGGAAUUAUGGCGCUCUUCCCCAGACAUGGGAGGACCCUAAACAUGAAACACCAGAGACCAAAACACUAGGAGACAACGACCCUUUAGAUGUGUGUGAGAUAGGUCAAAAGGUGCACAAGAGAGGGGCAGUGAUUCAAGUUAAAGUCCUGGGGGUUAUGUGCCUGAUCGAUGAAGGUGAAACAGACUGGAAGGUGUUAGCCAUAGAUGUCACAGACCCACUGGCCAGCGACCUCAAUGAUAUAGAAGAUGUUGAAAAGCAUAUGCCAGGAUUUCUCAAGGCAACGUAUGAAUGGUUCAAAAUUUAUAAGAUCCCUGACGGCAAGCCAGAGAAUAAAUUUGCCUUCAACGGAGAAGCUAAAAACAAGGAAUAUGCCAUGAAAGUGGUAAACGAAUGUAAUAAACAGUGGCAGCAAUUAAUUGGGAAAGAGUGUGACAAUCAUGGAAUUGCAUGUGAGAACACAUCAGUUGCAAGCAGCCCUUACAAGAUUACGCCAGAAGAUGGGAAGAAAAUUGUUGAAGCUCAACCACAGCUAGGAUCGGCAAAACCAGUAGCGGACGAGAUUGACAAAUGGCACUACGUCAAGCUUUAACAGCAGCACAACCUUCUGGCCAGAGACCGAAGGGGGUCAACAAAGGGGGGGUAGACUUAGUUGUUAGACAUAUCACACCACUGUGCUCAACUACAGACUCCUGUCCAUCUGUCUAGUAUUAACAAUCAAGUCCAGGUUCCUUAUUGACCUUAAUGUUUAAUGUUUUACAUGUAUCUGUUGAUUUAUUUGAAUUUAUUAUAGGAUGUGCUAGAUUUAUAAACAUUCCCUAAAUUUCCUGACAAUAUUGUGAUGUUAAUUUGUAAGUUGGUUGCUUUUUUAUCGUUGCAAAUAAGGGUUGAGUGACUUAAUAGAUACUUUUUUGGAUAUUAAAAUUGUUAAAAUGAUUUUGAUUGUGCUAUGUUUACAUGUCGUGGAAAAUAAACAUUGGGGCAUAGAUAUACUUACUGAAUUGGUGUGGCAUUAUAUACUGUUUCUGUUAUAAUGGAGCACAAAGAUUUUUUGUCAAAGAUUUUAAGAGACCUUUUUUCUGAAAGAACAAUUUUCUACCACUGGAGAACCACUGAUAAGAGAUUUUAACAUGCUUUGUAUAACAUGAUAUACAUGAUUUUCUUUUUGUGCAUGACAAUUUUUUGAAACUUUUUCUUUGUUAUAUAAAUGUUAUUUUGGUGUACAAUUAUUACCGAUACAUUUAUAGAUUUAUGAUUAUUGAUUCAAACAUAUAGAAUAUAUUAUUGAUGAUAUCUGACCCAGUUAGCUUGAACUAUGGGAGGAGACAGUUAUUGAAGGUUUUCUGAAAUUUUACAGCAGCUAAGCUUUUAGUGGAAGUGAUUUGUGUAAGUCUAGAAAGGAUUACAUGUUUAUGUAUUACUUCCAUGUUACAAACUGUAUUUAGAGGGAAAAAUAAAAAAUGUGAAAUGUAUCCGAAACUGUGAUUGAAUUUCGUGCUACAGUUAUACACCUGUGCUGUAUAUGGUAACAUAAUCAAUUUGUUGUGUUAUAAAACAUCAAGCUAA